AUGAUAUUUCUUCUUCUAUUCAUUGCCAACGAGCUUAUUUUUGAGUUGGGUAUACUCACCUAUUUCUGUCGCCUUGAGUCGGCCGAUCUCUCCGCCUCCGAUCUCGAGGCGGAGUUCCCCCGCUCUCGACGCCAGUCGUCGCAUCCGUUGGAGCACUCGUGGACGUUUUGGUUCGAUAAUCUGUCGGCGAAGUCGAAGCAGGUUGAUUGGGGCAGCUCGAUCCGCUCCGUUCACACGUUCGCUACUGUGGAGGACUUUUGGGGGCUUUACAAUAAUAUACAUCAUCCAAGCAAACUGGCUGUGGGGGCGGAUUUCAGUUGCUUUAAAUAUGGAACAGAGCCAAAAUGGGAGGAUCCAGUCUGCGCGAAUGGAGGGAAGUGGACUAUAAGUUGCUCUAGGGGGAAGGUUGACAAUUGGUGGUUACAAACUUUGUUAGCUAUGAUUGGCGAACAGUUUGAUCAUGGUGAUGAUAUAUGUGGGGCAGUUGUCAAUGUCCGAGCAAAGCAGGAAAAGAUUUCAAUUUGGACAAAAAAUGGUUUAAAUGAAGCUUCUCAGCUGAGCAUUGGAAAGCAGUGGAAAGAGUUUCUUGACUACAACGAGCCUAUCGGAUUUGUACUUCAUGAUGAUGCAAAGAAACACGAUAGAUUUGCUAAGGCUCGGUACCAAGUUUGAUGUUGUUGAGAAGUAUUUCUCUUGGUCGCUCCUUUAGCUCAUUCAGAUUGCUGAUUGUCACAGCCAUUAGCAUAUAGUAUAGAUUUUAACAGGUUUUUCUUAAUGCUGUUAUUGGGGAUAUCUGUUUGCUCUGAAACUUUGGAUAGCCUUUGUAGUUGCUCAUUAAUCUUAUUUGUUCAUGGUGGGUUGUUUUUGUCCA